CGCGGUGUGGGCUCGGUGCAGUCUGCUCGCUCGCCUGUUUUAGAAGCGACGCUUCCGAAGUAUGUGAAGGUCCGUCGCCAGAUUUCUUCCUCUGCGAUGGAGAAGUAUGAGAAAAUCGGGAAAAUUGGCGAAGGCUCCUACGGAGUUGUUUUCAAGUGCAGACACAGGGACACGGGUCAGAUUGUGGCCAUCAAGAGGUUUCUGGAGUCCGAAGACGACCCUGUUAUAAAGAAAAUCGCCCUCCGUGAGAUCCGCAUGCUCAAGCAACUCAAGCACCCCAACCUCGUCAACCUCCUGGAGGUCUUCAGGAGGAAGCGGAGGCUGCACUUGGUGUUUGAGUAUUGCGAUCACACCGUUCUGCACGAGUUGGACAGAUACCAAAGAGGGGUGCCAGAACAUCUUGUGAAGAGCAUCACUUGGCAGACGCUGCAAGCUGUAAAUUUUUGCCAUAAACACAGCUGCAUACAUAGAGAUGUAAAGCCAGAAAACAUCCUCAUCACGAAACGCUCAGUGAUUAAACUGUGUGACUUUGGCUUCGCUCGGCUUCUCACUGGACCGAGCGACUAUUACACGGAUUAUGUUGCUACCAGGUGGUACCGUUCCCCUGAGCUGCUAGUGGGGGACACACACUAUGGCCCCCCAGUCGACGUCUGGGCCAUCGGCUGUGUCUUUGCUGAGCUGCUGUCAGGCGUGCCUCUGUGGCCAGGAAAAUCCGACGUGGAUCAGCUCCAUCUGAUCCGGAAAACCUUGGGGGAUCUCAUUCCUAGACACCAGCAAGUCUUCAGCACAAACCAAUACUUCAGUGGUGUGAAAAUCCCCGACCCAGAAGAUAUGGAGCCACUGGAAUCAAAGUUCCCAAACAUCUCUUAUCCUGCCCUCGGACUCUUGAAGGGCUGUCUCCAUAUGGACCCUGCUGAGAGACUGACCUGCGAGCAGCUGCUGCAGCACCCGUAUUUUGACAGCACCAGAGAGAUAGGCGGUUUGGCAAAAGGGCGUGAAAAACCAACCCAAAAAACCCUUAGACAGAGCCGGAAGCACUUGCCUGGGGUGAAAAUGGUGCACUGUUUUACGGAAGCAUCCAAGUUGCAACGCUUACCCCAGCUCACCGUGACCAGCAGCACCCUUCCCACUUUGGAGACCAAAAAGUACUACUGCAACGGCAAGAAACUUAGCUACAGGUUCCCAAAUAUUUAAGGAGCUAGAAGUUUGGGGAGAGAAGGGAUUGAUCGUUUUCAUUGAUUUAAAAGAUGUAUACAUUUGAAAAUGAAGUUUUUGAUUGAAAACGACCCCACAAUCUACACCCGGAGAAAUCUACACCCCGUAGCAACUAAAGGGGUGGCUGUAUAGGGGGCACAUGGCAAAAUAGGAAGAAAAAAUUCCAAUCCAGUCUUCCAUGCUUAAUGGUAAGAGCUAAAGGCUUAUUUGGAAUUUCACUUAUAUUUUGUUGUGCUCAAACAGCUCAGCUUAUGGACAAAUCAUAAACUGUAUCUACUGCCCAUACCUCUGACAAAAUGAGAUGUCAAAACGAUUUAUACUUCAAUGCUUCGCAUAUGUGAUGAGUUAAAAAUACUAUGGAAUGGCCAUAUGUAUUUCCUUGAAUCCGUUCCUUUGUUCCUAUUGCCUGCAUCCAGAUAGUCUCAGCAUCUUACAUAAGGAUAGUUUUAUAUCUUGAAAUCAAAAUGCCUAACGUUCUGUUUCCUGCUUGCUUGACUUCUUGAUUUGUAUAUCCUAAAACACUUAGAAUAUUUAAGAGAUGUUAAAAAUAUUGACAUGAAUAUAAAUGAUUAUAUUCUUGUAUUUGCUUGGAUAGUUAAUGAUAAGUUUGUAGGUAUUACUUACUACAUGUACUUUUGCCUUUACCCUGCAGUGAAGUACACAAACCAUGGAUUUACAAAAUCCAUCUGCACAUGUUCAUUCACCCAUUUCACAUACAACCAAUGUCAUGAAGCUUGGCAGCUGAGUAAAGUGGUCAAGGGGUAGAACAAGAACUACAUUUUCUCAAGUGGAAACAACCCAUCACCUUGAAAAUGACCAGCAUUCUCUCUAGUUCAGCGUUAGACCUCGAGGUUGAUCUACAGCAGGAGUGUAAAUACUGAUCUGUUUUGGAAGAUACCACCUGUGAGAUUUUACUUGGGUCAUGAAAGACAUUAGGUGGAAGCUUAUCUUUCUCCUGAAACAUCUUUUUACAUGGUAUGCAUAUACAUAUGUGUGUAUACUACCUGUUAAUAAUUCGUUCAAAAUGACAUAAUUGAUUAUUCCUAUUUUUGUACGAUGAUACCUAAUAUCAGAUAGUUUGUUUUGCCUUGACCUGCUGCUCCUGUUUAAAAGCUCCUCCAUCCUUGUCCUUUCUAGACGCAAGCAGUGUGAAGCGUGUGGGUACCUCUCAAAGCUCAACAUCGAUCUUGAGUGAACAGCUAUUUUCUAGCUGUUCUCAGUCAUGGUUUUCAAAAUUUUAUUGCAUUUUCAAAGCAUUCCUUCUGCACUCUGUAUAUUGCUAUGUGAAUUUUUUUUAAUCAUUUUAUUAGGGGCUCAUACAACUCUUAUCAUGCUAUGUGAAUUUUUAAAAAAUUUAUUAUUGAGAGUUGUUACAUUUUUCAUUCCACCAUGACUUUUCUUUAUGAGAGUAAUACUGCAGAGUAAUACACUUAAUUCUGGCAUCUGCUUCAUAAUUGCAGCUGUUGGUUUAGUGGCAGGCUACGGCUUCCUGAUGUAUGUAGCUUCUUGUGUAGAGCUGACAGGGGCUAUAUAACAGUCCCACUGCCAUCCAGUUCUUGUUAUGUAGCUGAUUCCAAUGACAAGGAUGUCCAACGUCUGUGACUUACGUGUGUAUGUGUGUGCUUUGUUAACCUAAGAAAAUGCAUUUGAUGGAGGCAGAUGAAUAUAGUCGCCUGGUUCACCCAGUGGUUUUAGAGAAAGCUGUUCUGACCAGGAGAGUAGCUGCAGACUGAAUUGUGGUGAAUCAGUAGCCUUGUCGUUCGACGAGAAGAGUUGAGAAAAGGGGCUCAUCUCUUUCUAAUGAGUUCUGUUAAAUGUGUGCUCUUAUGUCAUUGAGCCACAUCUGCAAUCCUCUCCUCCAGUAGGGAAUCACCACUGGGGCCCAUGAGACUCUUCUACAUCCUUGUUUUGUUUUAUAAUUUUCUAUUUCCUGAUUUUCUUCUCGGCAAAAACAAUGGCAUUUAUAAUUAGUAAAUAUAUACUACUGAUGUUUUGUGCUAGUUAUAUAAAAAUUGGUCUUUAAAUUAUGUAAAAAAAAUUUUCCUGUAUCAUAGAAAGUGUUUAAGUGUAUUUCCAGUCAAAGUUUUAUUCAACACCUUAAUGUACAAGCCAAACAUACAGAUAUCUACAAACAGGUUAGCAUAUAACUCAGUAAUAUCAGGGCUGCUUCAAGCAGGUCAUAAUAUUACCUAUUUGUAAGAGUCUUUAUUCUUCUAGAUAUAAAUUAAAUCAUAGAGUGUUACACUCUAUGAUGUCUUUUAAGCUCAUAGGAAGUGGUAUCCAAAAAUAUACCCCAAACCAAACUCACUGCCAUCGAGUCAAUGCCGACUCAUGGCAACCCUAUAGGGCAGGGUCGACCUGCCCCUGUGGAGUUCCGAGACUAACUCUUGACAGGGGUAAAAAUACAUUCCUAAUAAUGUGAAACAGCCCGAUGUUUAAGGUGAUUUUUGAAUUUAGAUGCUGGUCUUCAUAGUUGUUGCCUUUGUUUCGUUUUUGAGCAUCAGCUAUUUCAAUUCAGUCAGAUGUCUGUAUCCAGAUUUAAUAAAGCCGACCGCAGCUGCAAAGGUCUGUGAGCUCCUUGGGAGAAAGAGGAGGCAGUCUGCUCCCAGGAAGAUGGUCAGCCUUGGAGAGUCAGACGGGCAGUUCUACUCUGCCCUGGACAGUCGAGAGACUGGGAACCCGCUCAACAGCAGUGGUUUGUUUUUGGUUUUUAAGCUCACAAAAUAAAACAAAUUAACCAGAAACUACUUGUUCUGAGACAAAAUGUUAUAAAGAAAACAGGAAACCAGGAUCGUGGGACAUGUAUGCAAAUCACAGGAAGGGGUAUGAAGUGUCAAUACCACUGACAACUUUGAUUUCCACCACCGAGUCUGUAAUUUAGCUUCACAUUUUCACAAUUGUGCAUUUGUGGUAACAUGUUUCAGUAACAUUCAAGCUACAGUGAAAUGUACUGUAAAUUACUGUUACACAUACUACAAUAAAGAAUUAUCUGUUAAACAUUUAAA